AUGGUAUCAACCACAGCAGGAUAUGCAAUAAACUUCAACCCCAACGCAUAUGAGUCAAUGUUGUUGAGGGAGCUAGCCGCCAAAGGCGAGAUACACGUCGACCGACGACAACCUCCACCUCGACCCAGUUUAAUAUUCCAAAGGAGGGAAGAGGGCGACGAAGCAGCUUCAACAGCCACCACAGAAUCGGAAGCAGAACCUACUGCUGCCUCAUCUGAAGAGUCUGCCGCUUCCACAACAGAAACGACGAGCUCUGCGAAACCGACAACCACAAAAGCAUCUACAACAGAAGCCAACGCGUCAGUAGUUCCAAGUACCACCAAAUCUGGAACCACUUUACCAUCUGUAACGGUGGUCACCACAUCCUUGCCUUCCGCAUUCGAUACGUCCCUUGGGAGCAACUUCACCAAGCCCUCAUGCCCUCAGUUCUUCUCAAAAUUCCUCGGCAACUCCACAUAUCAAUCCUGUCUUCCAAUCUCACUCUUCCUGCAAAACUCCAAUUCAUUUUUCAGCAUUCAACGAUCAGCGACACUUCUAGCCCAAACACUUGAUGCAGCUUGCGAGGCGCCAUUAGCUAUCUGCAUGCCUCUACUCAGUAACCUAGCCGCGGAGCUCAUCGACGAUGAUAACUGCGGUGCAGAUUUUAGCCGCGAAAAUCCACUCGUUUUGCAAGCCUAUUCCGGAUUGGUAGCCUAUGAACCAGUCUAUCGGGCGACGUGCCUCAAGAACGCCGAGACUGGAACCUACUGUUUCAGCGAUGCCGUCUUGAACCAAACCAAUCCCGUCGACUUCUACACUUACUAUACAGCUAUCGGUAUGACGAUGCCCCCAGCAGUACAUCCCACAUGCAACCAGUGUCUGCACGACACAAUGGAGAUCUUCGCGAGCUAUGCGGGAACCGACAAUCAGCCCUUGGCAAAGACCUAUCUUUCAUGUGCCAAUCAGAUAGACGCCACUUGCGGAGUAGGCUUCGUUGCCACGAAUAUCAAGACUGGCACUGUCGCUGCUCCAGGUGAGAAAUCUGCCGCAUCAUUGCCUCGAAUGUCAGUCAUGACUACUGGGCUGGCCGCAAUGAUAGCAGCACUAUUGAUAGUGUUAUAG